AUGAUCCGCACUUCCAGGCCGCCCUCCGUCCACAGCACAACCGACCCCGGCGACCCGCUCUCUCUCAUCCUCCGUCCUCCCACGAGCGAGACCGAACGCGACCGCGUCCUGCGACUCCAGCGAGAGGCCGACGCGAAGAGGAUCAGCGACAGCAUCGACGAGGAGCUCAAGCUCGACCGGGAACGGUACAAGAAGAGCAAGCAGGAUGUCAAGCUCCUCCUCCUCGGCCAGGCCGAAUCCGGCAAGUCGACGCUCCAGAAGCAGUUUCAACUCAUCUAUAACCCGACGUCUCUGGAGGAAGAGCGCCUCUCCUGGCGCGUCGUCAUCUACUACAACAUCGUCCGCCCCGUGCUGCGCAUCUUAGAAUCUCUCGAUCUGUUCGCAGAGGCAGACUCGGACGACGACACCACCACCGAGAAGACUCAGGGCAACCAGGCACCGCGCCCUCCACCAUCGCCAUCGCCCUCGAUGGACCAACAGAUCUCGCUUCUCCGCUUACGUCUCUCCCCUCUUACGGCGCUUGACUCCCAGCUCGCCGACCGUCUCUCUGGGGGUGUCGCCGUUUCCGGUUCGGGCAAGGGCAGUGUUUUCGUUCGGUCGGGAUGGCAAUCACGGACCUUCGGGCUCUCAUUUGGCAAGGCACGGGAGCGCGCGAACAGCGGGCGCGGGCGCUUCAGCUUCACCGAGGUGGAAAAGGACAAGCUAGUCGAUGAGGCUGCGACGAUCAUCCAUUCGUGUCAGGACGACAUCCGAGAGCUGUGGCAGCAUCCAGCAGUGAAGCGGCUGAGAGACAAUCGCAAACUUCGCUUAGAUGAGUGGGCUGAAUAUUUCCUCAACAACAUUGAGCGCGUUUCUCAGUCAAACUACUCUCCAACCAUCGACGACAUUCUGCAUGCCAGGAUUCAAACUAUGGGUGUUGCUGAACAUAUUUUUGAAGUCCCGUUGCACGGUCGGCCAGUUACUUGGCAUCUAUACGACGUGGGUGGAGCUCGGGGUCAGAGACAUACUUGGAUUCCGUAUUUCGAUGACGCCACCGCCAUCAUAUUCUUGGCCCCUGUUAGCGCAUUUGAUCAGUAUUUGGCGGAGGAUCCACGAGUGAACAGGGUGGAUGACUCACUGCAACUAUUCAAGCAAAUAUGCUCCAACCCACUGCUCAAGAACGCGCAUCUAGUCCUCUUCCUUAACAAGGCCGACGUGCUGGCAAGUAAGCUGGCCAAAGGCGUUAAAGUAAACAAAUACAUUACAUCGUACGGCGAGCGGCCAAACGAGGUCGAAUCGGUCGUUUCCUACUUCAAGGCACACUUCACGCAAGUGCACACGAAGAACAAUGAGAACAAGCGGGUCUUAUAUACCCAUCUGACGAGCGUCGUGGAUACCAAGGCGAUGCAGAGCAUCAUCUCGAACGUACGAGAUUCGAUCUUCCGUGAUUACCUCAAGUCCGCGGCGCUCGUCUGAUUCCUGUGGACAUCCUACUACCUGUUGGUCUCCAUCUCAUCACGUCGCCUCCCGCGCAUACACUACACCACACACGCUUUCGGACUGCCUUGUCUUCUAAUUGUCUUUAUUGUUCUUCAAAUUGCACAUCCACCCCGAUAUCCCCGCGCGAACCUGCCUGUCCGGCGGAUGCACCGCCGGACGCGCGCACCGCGUUGUUGUUUUACGUAGCAUGAUCUUCUGCACCGCCUUCGAUUUCAUUCUCAUCAUGAUGUCUGUCCCACGUUCACGGCUGUAUUCCCAAACCUACCUCAUUGGCCUCAUCUGUCGUACUUGGGCCUUGUACUUAUUGUUUGUUUUGCGUUUCUUGCCACGAUUGAUGCCCUACUACUGUAGCUUUCUGGACGUUUUAUUAGACGUAAAGGAAUCCGGUGCCGUACAAGCAUCAUGAUAUGACCUUC